UUUAAUAAUGUCCGUGCUAAACGAAGAAAACAUCGUCCAACGGCCAUCAUGAUUUAGAAAAGAAUUCUUGAGAACAAACUGUAAAUAAACCUAAUGCGAAAACAUUCUCAUUUACUACGAUAUUGGUAUCUGGUCGGCGGUGAAAGUCUACCAUACCGCCACAGCCGAUGUCCUUCCAAAGGCCAGGCACUUAUUCCAUCUGUAACGAACCUUCCCUUGAGUUAAAAAGAACAUUUAGAAAUUUUUAGCACAAUGAGUGCCAAACCGUCCAGAGUUUUGAGCUUUGUUCGUAGUGUCUGGAAAGACUUUCUCGAUACUGAAGCUUUUGACUAUCAUCUGCUCUCUACGCUACAAGUUACAAGAGCAGUUCCUGGACUCGUUGAAUGCUCCUUGGAAUUACAAAAAUACCACUUAAACCGCAUGGGCCGCCUUCAUGGCGGCUGUAUUGCCGCUUUGACCGAUCUAGGCGGCGGACUUGCGUUGGCAAGCAGAGGAUUAUUUUCCUCUGGUGUUUCAAUUGAUAUGAACCAAACAUUCCUGGCUACAGGAGGUGGUUUAGGCUCACGCAUCUUUAUUCAUGCCAAAUGCGACCGUUUAGGCUCCAACAUUGCCUUCACAAGUGUCGAUUUUUUGAAUGAAUCGCUGAAGGUGUUUGCCAAGGGUCGUCAUACCAAAUUUGUUAAAGGUUCCCUCGGAGACCCCAGAAAUCAACUGGACCUUGAUGAUGAACCCGAGGAGCACGCUUCUGAAUUUUCAGCCUAGUUUCAUACUGUUUACCCCUAACAGAUACCUUUCAUAAAGUUUGCCACACAAAUUAAUCGUGCCUUUUUCCACAAGUAGCAGGUUUCGUUCUACAAAU